ACGUGUCGAACGUGCGCGCUCUCUCUCUCUCUCUCUCUCUCUCUGUCUCUCCAUCCGCCAUUCCCCCCUUCUCCUCGUUUCGUUUCUUUCGCUCAAGUGAGAUGAUUGCGAUUCGUGUUUAAAAAUCGGUUAUUCACGCGUGUGAUUUCUCUUCGAUAAUCUUUCUGAGUGAUCCGUUGGUGAUCCGUUUCCUUUGACCGUUUGGUGCAGCUUUUUAACUAGGAGGAGAUGUUGCUGGGAGCAGAAGGCAAGGGUUACUUCGCAAUCACUUUUUCGUGAUGAAUAUUGAACAAAAGUGAGUGAAGUGAUCAAAGAGGAUCAAGAAAAUCCUUGAGAAGAAUGUCGAGGGCAUCAGAGGGGGUGGAUGAACGCCCCAUGGAUCCGGGGCUCAAACUUGCUGCCACUUGAAUGCAAAAGAAAAAGUACAAAUGAGCAGUACGCGGGAUGGGCAAAUCUUGGCUUUGGGCCCUGUUUCCUGCGACGAUGACGAUGAUGGCGUACAUCACUGUAACGACGGCUACCUCGACCUCGGUACCGUCCUUCUCUACGAUUACCAGCACGGAGAUUCUCGAUAUGAAAAGGGCGGGUAUCGAAGAAGCUCUGGACGUGAUAGAAGCGGCAUCAACCGGAUCAUUGGGUGAAGAUUGUGCCACGACAGCUGGUUUUAAAUCUUUACCAGCUGCCGUAGCACUUGAUUCUCGACGUUACGAUACCGCACGUCAAAAAGCUGACAUGACAGCCCUGAUGCUCCAAAAUCUUGGCACUGUCGGGGUGUCAAGGCAUAAUACGCUUUUAGAUGUGCUAGCAAAGUCGUUACUGAUGUCAGUGAACGACGCCGUGGAGACAAGGGUGAUCGCACUAAACGCGUCCACGGGUGCAGUAAUUAGCGCAGUCUGGUUGGAAAGAAGCCCAGGAAGUGUCGGAGAACCAUUCAAGGUCGAGAGCCAUGGACUCCAGCCGGGAUCUAUACCGGAUUCUAAUUUACCGUGGUUCGAAAAUGCGGGUGCCACUACAGAAUUAAGGUCACCGAAAUUCAUGCAGUCACCGGCGAUUGAAUCCUACAGGGGUUGGUGGACCAUCCCGUAUUUCUCCUGCAAAAGUCAUCGAUGGUUGAUUUCAUACAGUGUUAACAUACGACCGCCAGACGCUCGUCACGGGGUUCGUGAAUUUUUAAGCGUAGAUAUCGAUAUUAGCGGGCUAGAAGUAAAUCAAUGUGAUCCAUCGCCGCAUAGCAAUGAGAAUGAAAUUCUAAGUAAUCAAAUAGCAUCUUUUAAAGGCACGCACAAAUGUCAUACAGAUACCACUCAGUGUGAAUAUCAAAGUCCGAGCAAUCGUAUAAAUCAAAAUGGCGUAGGUGCUGGUUGGGCAAAGGGUGCAUAUAUAUGUAAAUGUCGAAAAGGUUAUUACGACAAGAACCAACAUCAAUCCGCUUUCAAUGGAAUCCUCGUCGAAACCGCUUGGAAGGAAAUGCAAGAAAACAUAAGCGAUUGGUACAUGACGAUGUUUCGUUGCUUACGUUGUGCCCCGGGAUGCAUUAAAUGUAAGGGACCGGAACCUUGUCUAGCCACCUACAACUGGCCCUUCCGAAUCGCUCUUUUAUCGUUCUCUAUUUUCUGUGUGUUUGGUACUAUCAUCUUAGUCGUCUACAUGUAUCAACACCGUAAACUCAAAGUGUUCAAGGUUGCUUCGCCGAUAUUUUUGUCUAUCACGCUUUUGGGUUGCGCCAUCAUGUAUCUUGAAAUGGCCGCGAUAUUUCCGGUUUUGGACAUGUAUUCUUGUAUCGCGACCAAAUGGACAAGACAUCUUGGUUUUUGUAUUUCUUAUACCGCAUUGUUGAUGAAAACCUGGAGAGUUUCUCUCACAUACCGUGUAAAAAGCGCGCACAAAGUAAAGCUCACAGACAAACAAUUGCUGCAAUGGAUGGUCCCGAUAUUAUUAGUAAUGUUAAUUUAUCUGGGCACGUGGACGCUCAGCGCACCACCAUAUGCUGAAGAGAUAGCCGAUAAUUAUGGUCUAAAGUUCAAUCAAUGCUCCUUCAAUUGGUGGGACCAUAGUUUAGCUAUCGGAGAAAUUCUGUUCCUUGCAUGGGGCAUUAAAGUUUGUUAUAACGUUCGCAAUGCAGAAAGUCUUUUUAAUGAGGCCCGUUUGAUAAGCUAUGCUAUUUACAAUAUAGCAGCUGUGAACAUAACCAUGAUUGCCAUUCAUCUCUUCAUUUUCCCUCAUGCUGGCCCAGAUAUCAAAUAUUUAUUAGGCUUUCUACGUACACAAUUGUCUACUUCUGUCACUGUGUUUCUUGUAUUUGCGCCGAAGGUGAUUCGAGUUUUACGUGGUCAAGGAGAUCAAUGGGAUAGUCGUGCUAGAGCCCGAGGUGUCACAGCAAGUUUCUCUUUAAAUGGAAUCGGUUUAGUAUCCGAGGAAGCGACAGAUUUGCAUCAAGAAAACGAAGAAUUGAAGGAAGAAAUUCAGAAAUUAGCAGCACAGAUCGAAUUCAUGAAGAUCGUACAUAUGGAAAUGUACAAUCGUCAUAUCAAACCGAAAGCAGGUGGCUACUUUAGUACCCAUGGGCACGGGCAUAGUCAUCCGUCCUCGGCACAGAGUCCAAUUGCCAAAAGUUCGACGGCCAGUUUUAUAUUGAAACAGACGGCCGUGGAGCGAGGAGCGAGUGCGGCCGCGGCUGCCGCGGUCGAAGAUUCCACAUUUCCUUCUGGAAGUUUGCAUAGAGCGCGUAGAAUGGAAAUACUUAGAGAACGAAAAGCGGAAAGGGGCAGAGAACGAGAAAAAGAACGAGAGAAGGAAAGAGAGAAGGAACAAGAGAAAUAUAUGGAGAAGGAUAAGGAGAGAGAGAAGGAGAAGGAAAGUGAAAAGGAAAAGAAGAUUGAAAAAGAGAAGGAAACAGAAAUGGAGAAAGAGGAGAACAAAGAGAGGCAAAGAGAGAAAGAAAAGCAGGAUAAAAAGCAAGAUGAUAAUGGUGAAGCGAGUGGAGAAGUUUGACUAGUACUGAAUAGCGAUGAGAUAUGGUUGUGACAAAUUCGAGGAAUUGAGAAAAAUAAAGAAACGAGUGGAAAAUAUGAUUGUGAAAAUAGAAAAGAGAACAAGAAGAAUCUUAAAUGGUACCUUCUAAUGGACAUUAGGCGUUCAUGGUUUGUAUAAAUCAAAGAACUGUGUAAUCGGUAAAUAGUGAAUAUUAAAUCCGUAUAACGUGUAUAUAAAUAUAUAUAUAUACAUAUAUAUAUUAUGUGUCAUUUGCUUGUGGUAACAAUGUCUUCUUGUUAGCUUUAUUGUAAAUUAUUUGUGUUACCACCAAAUGACACCUCGUUGUACGAAGAAAGCAUAUUAUAUAUAAUGACGAUAAUGAAGAAAUAUCUUUAAUGAUAUAGUUAUACAAAAUUUUUAUUAAUUUCAUUACUCAACGAGUAACGAAAUUCUUAUUAUUUCAAUAGUUAUAAAUGAUUGCGAAUGUAGUAAUAUUACUCUUAGGUAAAAAUAAUUCUGAGAUACCUGUGAAGUAGAAGAAUGAAAAUUGUAUUUCUUGUUACCGAAACGAUCACCUUUGUGAUUCAUGUUAAAUCAAAUCGUAAGUUGUGUAGAUUUAUCCAAAUAGUUCAGUGAUUAACGAUCGAUUAUUUUACACGAUUAACGAUGAUUCUGUUCUAGAAUAAUAUAUGAUUUGAAAAAAUAGUUGAAAUAAAGGAAGAAAAUUGUUCAAUAUAAUUGUAAUAUUAAAUGUGUCAGAAUGUAUUGUAUUGAAAUGUGUUACUUGUAUAGUUAGAAAUGACAGACAAUGACACAAAUACGAAUCUUAUGAUAAUUAUUUUGACUAUUAUUUUUAAUUUAUAUAUAAAAAAAUGAUCGAAUACGUGUUUCUUUAGGAAAAAUGAAAAAUAGAUGAAAACAUUAUUAGAAAUUUUGGUUUAUUUAUGAAGUAAACUUUUUUUUUUAGGUUAGAAAUACUACGCAUUUUUAAUCGAAUCGUAAUAAUCCUACUUUCUGACACUGUUACCUGCGUAUGAGAGAAUCACAUAAUUUAACAAUGUUGUAAACAAAUGCAAUCAUAUCAUAAUUCAUACCGAGUAAAAAUUGAAAUUAUCAAUUGUUCGCUUUGAUCAAUAGCAUUAUCUAAACAUUCACUCGAUAUAAAUUUCUAAGAUAUAACAGCUAUUGCAAAUUAUAGUGACAUACAAAUAAGGAAAUAUAAAAGAGACAUAAAUAAUGUUUACAUACAUACAC